CAAGAAGUUAGUUCCUGCUCUUCACUGGCCGUUUCCUGUAAUCGUACAGUGUUGUGAGACGGAGAAAGCCAUGUGUGUCGAUGCAAAGGCAUCCCAGUCCGUGGUAUUGGAAGAUACAAAUUAACCUUAAGUUACGGAAGGGGCUGAAGAAGCCUGUCACCGUUUGUUCUUUGCAUUAGUUCUGGGGGAACACCGAAGAGGGUUGGUCGUGUGAUCAUUCAUCUCCCCUCGACUAAGAGGGUCUUUUUGGUCGUGCCCAUCUCCCCGGGUGGAGAGGGGGCACCAUGGCGGAUCCCAUCAUGGACUUGUUUGAGGACACCCCCUUGUUUAACCUGGACGCUCUUCCGGAAGACUCCUUCUCCCAGGGCUCCUCUGACCCUGUGGAGGAGGCCCUGAAACUGGCCCUGGGGCAGGUUGACCCCCCCGCCGACACGGAGCCCAGCCCGGAGCUCACCGUCACCCCUGGCCUCGGCCUGACCGUAGCGGCGCCCGUUCCUCUCCUGGAGCCGGUGCCUGUCGCCCCCGCCCCCGUUCAGCACCAGACUGUCCAGUUGGCCCUCCAACCCACAGUUUCCAUGGCGACCACCACCACCACGACCACGACGUACCGCUCCCCGGUACCGGCGGUGCAGGUGCAGACGCCGGUGGCGAGCACGGCGGGGGCCACCACCGUGCUGCUGAGCUCUCCGAUGACGAUGCAGACCACCACGGCCGGCGCCACAGUGGGCACCACCACGCAGCAGCAGCUCACUCAGUUCGCCCACCAGCUCACGCCCCAGCAGCUCGCCGCCAUCACGCAGCAGGCGGGGGGGAAGAUCGUAAUCCUCAAGGGGCCCCAGGGCCAGGCCCAGGUGCUGCAGACCGUGUCCGGGGGCGCCGGCGGGGGCAAGGUGAUCCGCCUGGUGUCCGGCACGCAACUGCGGCCCGGCAUGUCCAUCCUGCAGGGGGGCACGGUGCUGAACCAGGCCGGGCAGGCGCAGCUCAAGGUGGGUUCUGCCGGGGUACAGAGGCUGAUGCAGAUGCCCGACGGAUCCCUCAAACAGGUCCUACUCACCUCCAUGCCCCAGCAGGUGCAGCAGCCGCAGAGCCAGCAGGUGCAAGUGCAGCUAGCACAAGGACAGACCCAAGUUCAAAUCCAACCUCAAGUCCAGAUCCAGCCCGCCAUCCAGGGCCAGGUCAGCUCAGCCUCCACGGCCGCCCGGCCGCAGGGGGUCACACUGACCACGGUCCCCCAGCAGGGCGGUGAAGCGAAGCGCAUCACCCUGGUGCUCCAGCAGCCCUCCCAGGCCGGCACCAACACCACGCAGGCCCAGACGGUGAGCGUGGCGGGCGUCACCGCCCAGCAGGGCCAGACCAGGCUGGUACUGGGGCAGCUCCCCGGGGGGAAACUGGUGCUCCAGGGGGGGCAGCUGGCCGCCCUGACCCAGGCCCGGGCAGUGGGCCAGGCGGGCGGGCAGCCCAAGGUGCUCACCAUCCAGCUGCAGGUGCAGCAGCAGCCCAACGCGCAGGGGGGAGUUAAGUACCAGCUGGUUUCUGGAGGGACCCCGGGCAGCCCCCAGAUGCUCCAGAUCACCCAGGGCCAGGGGGGACAGAGAGUCGCCCUGCCGCUCAAGAUGCUGCUGCAGCCACAGACGAGCGCGGCCUCCUCGGCGGGCGGCACCGUCUCGGUGGUGAAGGUCAUCAACACGUCGGCCGCCGGCUCGGCCGCCACCACCACCACCACCAGCGGCGGCCUGGGCGUGAGCGGCCUGGGCGGCCAGGCCAUCCGCAUCACCAAGGCCAGCGGGGAGACGGUGACGGUGCGGCGCGUGGAGACGCUCUGCAAGCAGGAGAAGGCCAACCGCAUCGUGGCGGAGGCCAUCGCCCGGGCCAAGGCGCGCGGCGAGAAGAACCUGCCCCGCGUCCUCAACCAGGACGAGCUGCCGGCCAGCCACGCCGCCGCCGAGCUGGGGGGCACCGUCACCGUGGUGACCACCGCCGCCAAGAAGAAGUCGGGCGGGAGCAAGAAGAAGAGCCCGGCGGGGGGCGGGGCCGCGGGGGGCCACAAGGGCGGGGUGGGCGGCGACAAGAAGGGGAAGCCCAAGGUGGCGGGCGGCACGGGCAUGGCCGCCGUGGGACCCCUGGGUGGCUCCAGCAAGAGCAAGAGCAAGGCCAAGACCAACACCAUCACUCUGGUGGGCACGAAAAAGCGGAAGAGGAACGCGUCCUCGGACCACUCUGAUGGAGAGCUGAGCCCCGCCUCCCCCACGCCCAUGGAGGAGGACAUAGCAACGAGGCGCUCCAACCGCGUGGUCAAGCGGAAGAAGUACACAGAGGACCUGGACAUCAAGAUCACAGACGACGAGGACGAGCAGGAGGACGUCGACAUCACCACGACGACUACCGCCGUGGCCUCCAUCAGUGGUGGUGCUGGUGGUGGUGGUGGUGGUGGCGGCGGCGGAGGCAGCAGCAGGAACGCCGCUCAGCUGAUGGCCCAGCAGCUGAAACAACAGACAGUGGAGCUGGACGCCGACGGCCAACCCAGCAUGCAGUUCUUUGUGGAAAACCCAAGCGAGGAAGAUGCAGCCAUUGUGGACAAAGUUCUCUCCAUGAGGUCAACCAGGAAAGAGGUCUCCCCGGGCCAAUACAUCAUCAUGGAAGAGUUUUUCGUUAAGUACAAGAACUACUCCUACCUGCACUGUGAAUGGUCCACUCUGGAACAACUGGAGCGGGACAAACGGAUCCACCAGAAGCUCAAGAGAUUCAAGAUCAAGUACACCCAGAUGAGGAACCUCUUCCAGGAGGAGGAGGAAGCCUUCAACCCAGACUACAUAGAGGCUGACCGGAUUCUGGAUGAGUCCCACAGUGUGGACAAGGACAACGGAGAGCCGGUGGUGUACUACCUGGUGAAGUGGUUAUCACUGCCCUACGAGGACGCCACCUGGGAGCUGAAGGAGGACGUGGAUGAGGGCAAGGUGGAGGAGUUCAAGAAGAUCCAGGACCGCCCCGCACGCCUCAAGAGAACCCCGAGACCUCCGGCAGCCUCGUGGAAGAAGCUAGAGGAGUCCAAGGAGUAUAACAGCGGGAACGUCCUGAGGGAGUACCAGCUGGAGGGGGUCAACUGGCUGCUCUUCAACUGGUACAACAGGCAGAACUGCAUCCUGGCUGACGAGAUGGGUCUGGGGAAGACCAUCCAGUCCAUCUCCCUGCUGUCGGAGGUGUUCGGUGCAGGCAUCCAGGGCCCCUUCCUGGUGAUCGCCCCGCUCUCCACCAUCACCAACUGGGAGCGCGAGUUCGCCACCUGGACCGACAUGAACGCCAUUGUGUACCACGGCAGCCUGGCCAGCCGGCAGAUGAUCCAGCAGUACGAGAUGUACUGCAAGGACGACAAGGAGCACCUGAUCCCGGGGGCGUACAAGUUUGACGCGCUGAUCACCACCUUCGAGAUGGUGCUGUCGGACUGCCCCGAGCUGCGAGAGAUCUCCUGGCGCUGUGUGAUCAUCGACGAGGCCCAUCGACUCAAGAACCGCAACUGCAAGCUACUGGACAGCCUGAAGAUGCUGGACAUGGAGCACAAGGUUCUGCUGACGGGAACUCCUCUGCAGAACACGGUGGAGGAGCUGUUCAGCCUGCUGCACUUCCUUGAGCCCGCCCAGUUCCCCUCCGAGACAGAGUUUCUCAAGGAGUUCGGAGACCUCAAGACGGAAGAGCAGGUCCAGAAGCUGCAGUCCAUCCUGAAGCCCAUGAUGCUACGGCGAUUGAAGGAGGACGUGGAGAAGAACCUGGCUCCUAAACAGGAGACCAUCAUCGAGGUGGAGCUGACGGACGUCCAGAAGAAGUACUACCGGGCCAUCCUGGAGAGGAACUUCACCUUCCUCAGUGUGGGCGUCAAUAGCAACAGCAACGUGCCCAACCUGCUCAACACCAUGAUGGAGCUCCGCAAGUGCUGCAACCACCCCUACCUCAUUAAUGGCGCGGAGGAGAAGAUCGUGGCGGAGCUGCGGCAGGUGUACGACCCCAUGGCCGCCGACUUCCACCUGCAGGCCCUGAUCCGCUCGGCGGGCAAGCUGGUGCUGCUGGACAAGCUGCUGCCCCGGCUGAAGGCGGGCGGCCACAAGGUGCUCAUCUUCUCCCAGAUGGUGCGCUGCCUGGACAUCCUGGAGGACUACCUCAUCAACAAGAGAUACCUGUACGAGCGGAUCGACGGCCGGGUGCGGGGUAACCUCCGGCAGGCGGCCAUCGACCGCUUCAGUAAGCCCGACUCGGACCGCUUCGUCUUCCUGCUGUGUACGCGGGCCGGUGGCCUGGGCAUCAACCUCACCGCCGCCGACACCUGCGUCAUCUUCGACUCGGACUGGAACCCGCAGAACGACCUGCAGGCCCAAGCGCGAUGCCACCGUAUCGGCCAGUCCAAGGCGGUCAAGGUGUACCGCCUGAUCACCAGGAACUCGUACGAGCGGGAGAUGCUGGACAAGGCCAGCCUGAAGCUGGGUCUGGACCGCGCCGUGCUGCAGAGCAUGAGCGGCAGCAAGGAGGCCGGCCCCAACGGGAUUCCGCAGUUCUCCAAGAAGGAGAUCGAGGACCUGCUGAGGAAGGGCGCGUACGCCGCCAUCAUGGACGAGAACGACGAGGGCAGCCGCUUCUGCGAGGAGGACAUCGACCAGAUCCUCCAGCGCCGCGCCACCACCAUCACCAUCGAGAGUGAGGGCAAGGGCUCCACCUUCUCCAAGGCCAGCUUCGUGGCCUCGGAGAACCGCAACGACAUCGCCCUGGACGACCCGGAGUUCUGGCAGAAGUGGGCAAAGAAGGCCGACAUCGACUUUGACUCCAUGAACCGAAAGAACACCCUCGUCAUCGACACUCCCAGGGUCCGUAAGCAGACCCGCCAGUACUCCACCCUGCGGGGCGAGGGCGGAGAGCUGUCUGAGCCGGACAGCGACGACGAGUACCCGCCCGCCAACUCCCGGCAGUCCCGCUCGUCCCGGCGCUCGGAGCGCCACACCGGGAACGGCUAUGGCCGCACAGACUGCUUCCGGGUGGAGAAGCACCUGCUCGUCUACGGGUGGGGGCGCUGGCGGGACAUCCUGUCCCACGCACGGUGCAAGCGGCGUCUGGGCGAGCGGGACGUGGAGACCAUCUGCCGCGUCAUCCUGGUGUUCUGCCUGCUGCAUUACCGCGGCGACGAGAACAUCAAGAGCUUCAUCUGGGAGCUCAUCACGCCGGCCGAGAACGGACGAGAGCCCCAGACCCUGCUCAACCACUCUGGUCUGUCCAUCCCGGUCCCUCGCGGCCGGAAGGGGAAGAGGGUGAAGGCCCAGAGCACCUUCGACGUGCAGAAGGUGGAGUGGAUCCGCAAGUACAACCCUGACACCCUGCUGCUGGACGACAGCUACCGCAAGCACCUCAAGCACCAGUGUAACAAGGUGCUGCUCCGUGUGAGGAUGCUGUACUACCUGAAACAGGAAGUCAUCGGGGGGCAGGCGGACGCUGUCCUUAAAGGAGGAGAUUACAGGGACAUGGACAUCUGGAUGCCAGACAUGGAGCAGCAGGAGGUGCCGGCCGGCUGGUGGGACACGGCGGCGGACCGCUCCCUGCUGGUGGGGGUCUUCAAACACGGAUAUGAGAUGUACACCACUAUGCGGGCCGACCCCUGCUUCUGCUUCCUGGAGCGGGCCGGUCGCCCUGACGACAAGGCCAUCGACGCGGAGCAGCACACCGGGGACGCCGAGAUGGGGGAGGAUGUUGACGAUGACAAGUAUUCAGAGGAUCCAGAGUUCAAGCCCGCGGCGAGACACACUAAGGACAUGUAUGAGGAGCACGACUCUCUCAACAUGGACGACGAAGUCUCCGUGGACGACAAGGCCCCGCCCCCCGUGCCGCAGAGCUCGUCCAAUCAGAGCGGCGCGUGCGAGUGGCCCACCAGCUCCACCCUGACGGCGCGGCUGCGGCGCCUCAUCACGGCCUACCAGCGCAGCUACCGCCAGGAGCAGCUCAAGAUGGAGGCGGAGGCCAAGGGGGACCGCCGCCGCCGCCGCUGCGAGCAGGCCAGCAAGCUGAAGGAGAUCGCCCGGCAGGAGAGGCAGCAGAGGUGGACGCGUCGGGAGGAGUGUGACUUCUACCGCGUGGUGUCCACCUUCGGCGUGGAGAAGAUCCAGAAGGAGCCGGGCCUGCCCGAGGACCAGGACCCCCACUACGAAUGGACCCGCUUCCGGAGCUUCGCCCGCCUGGACAAGAAGACGGACGAGAGCCUGGGCCGCUACUUCCGGGCCUUCGUGGCCAUGUGCCGCCGGGUCUGCCACCUGAGGCCCGCACGCAGCGAGGAGCCGUCGGAGCUGUCCCAGUCGCUGGCGCCCAUCACAGAGGAGCGAGCCUCCCGCACGCUGUACCGCAUCAGCCUCCUGCGGCGGCUGCGGGAGCGCGUGCUGCCCCACUCCUCCCUGGAGGAGAGGCUGCUCCUGGCGCCGGCCGGCUCUGAGCUGCCCGCCUGGUGGAUGAGCCCGGAACACGACCGGCAGCUCAUGCUGGGCGCCUCGCUGCACGGCGUCAGCCGCACCGAGCUCUCCAUCUACGCUGAUACCCAGUUCAGCUUCAGCCAGGUGCACCAGGACUUCCUGAUGACCCAGCAGAACCUGCCCCAGCCCCCCGCCACGCCCACCGCCGCUGCCGCCGCCGCGCCCCGGCCGGCCACGCCCCUCUCCACGCCCAAGUUGGAGGAAGGGGAGGAGCUUGGCGUGAAGGAAGAGGAAGAGGAGGUGGAGGUGGAGGUGGUGGCGGCGGCGGCGGCCGGCGUGGGGCCGAUGGGGGCCCAGCUACAGAGCACUCCGCUCAGUCACCAUGACGCCAAGAGCCGGGGCCGGAGCUGGGGCUUCAAGGGCGAGAGGAGCAGAGGGAGGAAAGCGGAGAGGAGAGCGGCGGAGGGAGGAGAGGAAGGCGGGCGCGGCUCAGACUCGGAUUCAGACUCGGAGUCCGGCUCGUCUUCGUCGGAGCGCUCGGCGAGCAGCGACGACAGCGGGGAGAGCGACGGCGGAACAGCCCGUCUGAAGAUGGAGGACGGCGACGAGAACAGCCUACUGUCCCUGAGUCAGUCCCAGGGAGAAGCCCCCCCUCCAGACCCCCUCCGAGUGGACUGGCCCAAGGACCGCGUGCUGAUCAACCGCCUGGACAGCCUGUGUACGCUGGUGCUGAGCGGCCAGUGGCCAGCAGGGCGGCGCUACAUGUCGGAGGCCCAGCUCCCGCCGGGCUCGGAGGAGAUGGCCGGCGACGAGCUCAACUUUGCGCGGCUGAUGCGCAAGGCCAACAGCACCCCCGGCGCCCCCGGGGGGGCGGAGGGGGAGGACGGGGAGUUCACCGUCAAGCUGUUGAAGGAGGAGGGUUUGAAACUGACCUUCUCCAAGCAGGCUCUGAUGCCCAACGGCUCGGUCGCAGAGAGCAGCGGCGGCAGCAGUAGCCGCAAGAGACACAAGGAACCAGAGUUGUCAGACCCGGAUGGACUGAACCAAGACCCAAUGGAACGCACCCCUCGGCGCAGAGACCCGCCCACCUGGCUCAAGGAGAACCCUGAUUAUGAAGUGGAGGGAGACAUGUUGGAGCUUCUAGUAAACAGGAGCAAGAGGAAGAGGAGGAGGAGGAGGGCGGACAAGGCUCUGACCGGCAGUGAGAAGGUCAAGAUCAUUCACAUGAGGACGGGCAAGAAGGUGGGGGCGUCCUUCUGCCCCAUGCUGCAGGACCUGAGGGAAUACCUGGAGGAGAACCUGGAACACGCUGUGGCCCCCGACUGGUCCGACACCGUCCGCAACUCUGGCUUCCUUCCAGAGAGCCUGAGCGACCGCCUGCUGACCCAAGACUCGGACAUCCCCAAGAGGGGCCGGCGGCGGCACCACCACCACCGCCACCAUCGGCCGGCCGAACCCACCGUCACCGUGGUGACCAACCCGCUGCUCGGUGGAGUCGAGGAAGAGGAGGAGGAAGAGGAGGAGGAAGAAGAAGAGGUUGAGGAGGAAGAGGAAGAAGAAGAGGAGGAGGAGGAGACGCUGGUUUCGGACGGGGCCUACAUGAUGGACGAGGAGGACCUGGACAGCUCCCAUCACUUCCUCACCAGCGCGGACUUUGACGUGAAGAUGCAGGUGGGGACCUACGACAGCUCGGACCAAGAGGCCCUGCUUGACGACGUUGUCAUGGUGCCCAAAGACUCUGACUCCUCCUCUAGCUCGGAGGAUUGACCAAUCAACACUC